AUGUUCCGCGCCCUCAUAUCAUCUCUAUCGCGCGGCCCUUCCAGCGUAAUGUCUAUGUUCUUCUCCGGCGGCUAUGACCAGCCUGAGGUCAGCCCCUACUCCUCAAGCAUACCCUUCUACAGAUCACUGAAUACCAUCGUAAUUGCAGGUCUGUGGGCUGUCCAGCAAGCACAAGCAUCGCCAUGUCUUAGUGCCGCUUGCAAGUGGGGAUAUGAAGAGCGACCAGAGAUGGCCGGCGAGUUCGCUGCUUUGCACGGAUUACUCCCGUGCAGCCAAGAGGCCUCUUGGUGGGGCUGUCCCCUCCCCAUUAAGGUUGUUUAA